AGAAAAUUACAAUUAUAUUUUUUCUAUUUGAUAUCAUACUUUUGUAAAUAACAUGUUACCUGUACGAAAUAGUUGCGGGCACAUCCUGGAAUUGGGUCUCGCAAUUUUGUUCAUUUGUUGCUGGAUAUUAGUGCCAAAUAUAAAUGCUCACAAAAUCGGUGAAAGGUCCUUUCAAUACUUGAAUAGUAUUUCCUCUGCGGAUUGGAAGCGUGACGUGGACUUUGCAAUUGAAAAUGUAGAUAGACAGAAAAGGCUGGAAGAAAAUCUGGUGAAUUCAGGGGUAACAAUCAAAAACGGUGGCAUUUCACAUCAUUAUCUCUUGGAUGCUUUACCAAACGAAGAAGCGAAAAUGGACAAUGACGUUGCUAGAAAGCUUUUGGCAGUUAAUCAUUAUAUCCUCAAUAGUAAAUGUUUACCCCAUGGAAUAAAUUCCGAGGACUGUGAAUAUUUCUUAUCAAAUAAGGCACUUCCAAGCGACAGUGAAUUAUUACAGCAAUGUUUAGGAACCAUAGAAAGUCGCCGUAAUGGUCACAAUGCAUUUCGAAGAUUACUGAACCGCCAUUAUCAGGACGGGAUCUAUCAGAUGUUGCCUCUUGUUUCACCUCUAUCGGUUAGUAAAGCUUUGAACAACUUAAGUAUGCAACAUGACAAAAGGGAACUUCAGGACAAGCAAAGAAACCUGGCUGUGAUACAAUGGACACAAUUUAUUGAACAUGAUCUCAGUAAACCUGUGGUUACAACAAUGAGAGACGGUAGUCAUAUUGAGUGCUGCGAUUGUGACAGCUUUGAGCUUUCACCAAGACAUCGACAUCCUUCUUGUGCUCCUUUGAAAAUAAAAAGCGACGGAUCGCCAUAUGGUAGAGUUAACUGUUUGAACUAUGUCCGUAGUGCUGUUGCCGUUGGCACAAAAUGCACAUUCGGUGCAGUUGAACAAUUAAAUCAAGCAACGGCCCUUUUGGACUUAUCACAACUCUACGGUUUCACUGAUGAUGCACAACGGCGCAUGCGAACGUGGAAUAGUGGUCGAAUUAAAUCCACUGCAUAUUCAAAGCAUUCAGAAAUAUACAAUGAUGCACUAGCUGUGAUAACUGGCGAUUGGAGUAAUUAUUGUGCUUUCAAAGAUCCCUCCAAGCAAACUAGUCAAUGUUUCAUGGCUGGAGAUUCACGCGUAAACAAUAGUCCGCUCACGAUAUCAAUUUAUACAUUAUUUAUGAGAAAUCAUAACCAGCUAGCCAAAAAACUGGCUAUUAAAUAUCCUUCAUGGCAGGACGAAGCUCUUUACCGAGCGGCAAAAGCAAUAAAUAUAAAAAUCUAUAGGAAUAUUGUAUUUGAUGAGUGGCUGCCCAUGGUAUUGGGCGAAGAUGUUGCUGAUGAAAUUAAGGAAAUCAAGGAAUCUGUAGAUGACGUUAGAAUAUCGAAUGAAUUUGGAAUCGCUGCUAUGCGGUUUUAUAUGUCUAUGAUGCCGAAUUUCCUACAGAAUUUUACUGAGGAGAAGCGUGUGGAGUACAUUACAUCAGGUUUGCCUACUCAGGAAAGUAGCAAUGUUAUUCGGAACGAAAAUGUUGUUUCAUUUGUUGAUCAAACCUAUAAGCCUGAUUUGGGAUAUACUCAUGAAAAAAUUGAUACAAUACUAGAUUCGAUUUUGAAUCAACAUGCCAUGAAAUUAGAUACUAUAUAUGAGGACAGUCUUAUUUUAAAUAACUUUGGAGUGAAUAGACCCACUCAUGGGGAUCUUCUGGCUUAUGAUAUUCAACGAGGUCGAGAUCACGGUUUGAGAAGCUAUAUUGAUUAUCUCAAGCUUGCCACUGGUCAAAGUAUUGGACGCUGGAAAGAUCUGGAGCGAUUUAUAGCAAUUGACGACUUAAAUAUUUUGAAAGCUAUCUACAGUAGUGUGGAAAAUAUCGAUCUUUUCGUUGGUGGUAUGGCAGAAAUAAAUACAUUUGGAGCUAUCAUUGGACCAACAUUUAAAUAUAUUUUAGCGGAACAAUUCAAACGGAUAUAUCAUCAGCAACCCAUUGAUUUGGACACAUCAGUUCAAGAUUUACUACAAUUUAAAAAUGCAAACGCUGUGGAAUUGCUUUGUGCCAAUUCUAUGUUGAAAAAUGUACCAAGGAAUAUAUUUCACUUAGCUUCGCACAAAAAUCCUUUGUUGCCAUGUUCUGAACAUGUGGGAUUAUUGCGUCCAUAAAAUAUUAUUCAAUUUGAUAGAAUCUCGGACAAUUGUAAAAACAAUUCAAUAAAUAUGUAAAAAAUAUACAGUAAUGUUAUAAACGCUAUAACUCUA